UGCGAGCCGAGCCAGCUCUAGAGCCAGCCGAGCCCACCGGAGCGAGCCGAGCCGGGUCCGGGCCCGAGCGACCCUGCGGACCCUGUGCCAGCGCUGUGACAGUCCCAGUCCGCUGUGCGCCUCUCUGCCGAGCGGUUGUGCCGACCUCGUCUCGCCGCCCGUUCGCAGCGCGACAUGCCCGCUCGCAGUGACAAGUGCCUAUGUGCUAGUGUUGUUCAACAGUGAGGAGCCGAGAGAAAAAGUUUAUCGCGAGUUUGUUACUAGUUUUGUGCUGUGGAUUUCGAUGCCAAUGGAUGGCGUCGCAAAGAAGACUUGUUGAACAGUGGGGCGACAGUGAUUGUUGCUAGUGCACCUUGUGCCGCCACAAUCGCCGAUCUCAUGGAAAGCUACAAGACCAUGGAAACAAUGGAAGAAGCUUUGGACAAACUGGGGUGCCGGCAGAACUUCGGCCAGGGCCCCAUGGAGCCCGUGGAGCCGGUGCAGCCCAACGCCCUGCUCGACAUCGCCUCGCUCGCGCUGUACGGCUGCCAUGCGCUCCCCGUCCGCCUCAAGAUCCUCCUCGACCGCCUGUUCAGCGUCCUGAGGCCCGACCAGGUCGUGCAGGUCCUCCGUGGCUUCGGCUGGACGCAGGACGACUACGCGAGAGGAUACAUCCUCAAUGAGGCCAAUGGCGCGUCCCUGGACCGCUUCAACAUCUGCAGCCCCGAGGAGGAGCCCCUGGUGCUGCAGCAGUUCCUGCGCUUCGGCGAGACCCGGGCGCUGACCGAGCAACUGCUGCGCGGCGCCGCCCCCGGAGCCGCGGCCGCCAUGCCGCCCGCCCCCAGCAAGGAGGCGCACGAGAGGCUGUCAGCGCCUUCGGAGCCUGCCAAGCAGACCACGCCGCUGCACUCGCCGCACCAGCGUGACGUACCCGCCACCACCGCCCCCGCCCCUGCGCCCUCACGGCAGUCACCUCGGCCCCCCAGCACGGAGGGCCACCGGGACGGCAGGGACAGUCGGGAGGACGACAAAAGGAUGGCGCACGCGCUCAACUUCAGCCUGAGCAGCUCUGCGGCCAGCCGGUCCGCGCCGUCAGGCGGUUCUGUCUCACCUCAGCAGAAGCACACCCCCUCCGGGCCCGGCUCCGUGGGUCGCCAGUCACCGCCGUCCGCUCAGGCCCCCCACACCCCCCACGGCGCCCUCAGCUUCCUGAACCGCGGAGCGCAGCCCCAGCCCCAGUCACCGCCGGGUAGUUCGCCCCUCAACCGUCUACAGAACAUGCAGCCCUUCGACUUCCGCAAGAUGGCGGCCAGCGCUGUGCGCGCCAGCCCCGAGCCCCCCGCGGGCCCCGGCGGCGUCCCCGGCCUGCUCAACCUGAGGCCUCCGCCGCCCCCGCCCGUGCCCGCGUCCAGCAUGAGCGCGCUGCCCCUAGCGUUCAGCCACUCCGCGCUGGGCUCGGUGCCGCUUACGGCUGCCAACCUGGUGGCCUCCUCCUUCCCGGGGCUCAUCUCCUCGGCCAUGGCAGGCCACCCGGGCCACCCCGGCGCUGCCGGACACCCCGCCCACCCGGGCAGCAAGUCGCCGAGCACGGACCUCAACUCGAGAGCAGGCAGCUCCGACUUCGGCUCGGGCUCUGACGACGAGGACGACAACUCUGGCUCGGCGUUGAACCUGAGCAGAGACGCCCGCGACAGCAGGGAGAGGGAAAGGGAUAGGGACGAUAAGAUGAGGUCCAAGAGGCCAGCCGCCUCCCCUCCCCCGCAGCAGCGCUCCUCCAAGCAGCCCCUGUCAUCGUUCUCACCUCUAAAGCGACAAUCGGCGUGGCCGUCCUCGCCGCUCCCUGCCAACCUGGGCACUGCGCUGAUCAACCCCACCACGGGCAAGAAGCGAGUCCAGUGCAAUGUGUGCCUCAAGACCUUCUGCGACAAGGGUGCGCUCAAGAUCCACUUCUCGGCCGUGCACCUACGCGAGAUGCACCGCUGCACCGUGGAGGGCUGCUCUAUGAUGUUCUCGUCGAGGAGGUCGCGCAACCGACACUCGGCCAACCCUAACCCAAAGCUGCACUCGCCGCACCUGCGACGCAAGAUCUCCCCUCACGACGGGCGCUCCUCCCAGGCGCACCCCAUCCUGCUGCCGCCCCACCAGGCCAGCCUGGGCGCCCUCAACCCCCUGUCCUUCGGCGCCUUCCCCCUGCUGCCCCACGACCCGCGCGACCACCGCGACCACAGGCAGGCUGCCAUGGCUGCUGCCGCGGCCGCCGCGGGUGGCGCGUCCGCCCUCGACCUCAACCUCAAGAACAGUCUCAGCCUGAGCUUGCGGUACGAGCGAGACCAACGAGAGCGAGAAAGGCAACGCGACGUCAACAUGACCUCCCUCAGCAUGGACGAGGAUGACGAAGACGACGAGGAAGGCAUCGUCGUGGUGGGUGGAGCCGAUGAUGACGACGACGUGCCCGAAGACCUUCACCAGGCCAAGCGGCCAAAGUUCUCUGUGUCGGACGACGGCGAUGACAAUAGCAAUUCAGACGACGACUCCCAGACGGCGCUCGACCUCGGUACUUCCACCUCCUCGGUUACGACCAAUGGUGUGGACCACCAUGGCCUCCACGGCGCCCAUGGUGACCAGGGCGGUCGCAGCGGCAGGAAGCGCAAAUCGCAGAACCCGACCAGGUGCACUCAGCCGCCGGUCAGCAUGGACGACAUGUCGAACUACGAUGACUCGUCGAGUGACGGUGGCCACCAGCCGUACCCUGGUAUGGAGGCCGCUGGCGCGGCGCAAGAGGCCGGGCUGGACCUGGCCGUGCGGCGGAGAGUCGACCAGGACCACCAGGAGACCGAGGAGCGUCAGGCCCGCGAGCAGGACUCGGUGCAGCCGCCCCACGAGGAAGGAAGCAGCCAGGACGACCAGGUUUUUCGGCUUACCAAAGAGCAAAAGGGGGAGAGUAUAGAACCGCCAACUGAAGAUCGGGAAAGCACCAGCGCCGCCGGCGGCGCCGAGCACCGCAAGGGCGCGGAGAAGGACGAGGAGAAGGACUCUGUGAUAACAACCUCUGAGGCGGCGGACCCAAACGGGAUGCCGUCCUCACCGUGCGCGGGAUCGCCGCCCAGUAGCCCGGCGGCGUCCCCGGCCUCGUCCCAGGGGGACGGGUCCCACGAUGAGGACGGCUAUUACUACCCCGACGGCUAUUUCACCAACGUCGACUUUGCGGACGUGCCACUGGACAAGGACAACCCCCGUCGGUGCACGGCCUGUGGUAAAGUCUUCCAAAACCACUUUGGCGUCAAGACCCACUUCCAGAACGUGCACCUCAAGCUCAUGCACAAGUGCACCGUGGACGGUUGUAACGCAGCUUUCCCGUCCAAGCGCAGCCGGGACAGGCACAGCGCUAACCUCAACCUGCACCGCAAGCUGCUGUCCACCUCCUCAUCCCCGACGCAAGGAGACAAGCCGAGCCACCCGGGCCCUCUCUUCCUGCCUCAUCCGGACCUCCUGGCGCGACUGUACGCGGACCCCAACGUUGUCCGGAGCAUGGACUCUCAGCACCCCAUGCUCAUGCCCCCCUUCGGCUACCCCCCGAUGGCUUACACGCUCAACGGCCACGUUGGCCGCGCCGGCUCGACGUCGCCAACCUCACCCCGUAGCCUCGACGAGGAGCUGAUGGGACGGCCAGGGAGGCCGCCGAAGAUGAUCCAGGACCCGUUCCUGGGCGCGAGAAGUCGCAGUGACCCUGGUGGGCUUGCGGUACAACCUGGCCCGCUACCUCUCUCUGGGCCCGGCCUCGGACUCCUCGCUCAACGGCGAGCCUCCGCCUCGGACUCGUGACCCUGGCCUGGCCACGGUCCCGGCCACGGUCUUGGCUCGCUCGGCCCCGGCCUGCCGCCGCCCUAUUGGUGGUAGCGUGAUCUCAAAUUAUGGCCGGCGGCCGCCACCCCAGUGCAAUAACAGUCUUAUCAAAAGAUGAAAUACUCCUUCUAGCCUAUUUGUCGGUAUUUUAAGUAUGUAUAUUGCUGUGCUAUUUGCCUCAUUGAGGCACUUGUUAAGCCAAAUGUCGUGAUGUGAGACAUAUGUGAUCACCCUUACCCUGUACCACACCUCUGUAUACGAGUGUAGUCUAGCAGGUACCUUUUCAAACUAGCCAAAUCAAAUCUCAUUGAUCUUUUUAAUUUGUUUGUAAGCUUGCUGUGAGUUCGCGCGUUUCCUUAUUGUCUUGUAUAUUGUGCAAAUAUGGCUCAUUUUUUUGAGCGUUUAGUAGAGUUCAAUUUGUAAUUAUAUAUUGAGUCCUCAAGGUAUGAGUCAAUUUCUUUCUUUUGCCUUAUGAAAUGCAUCACGUUUAGCGUCUUAUUGUGUCCAUUCUGUGUAAGUGAUACGUUUUGUUGACAAUACUCAUGGAGUAGCGCUUAUUGUUUAAUAUUUAUUAGUGUCCAAUGGGGUCACGUGUUUUACCUUUUCCUUCUUAUGAAGGACCUCUCAUACGAAGUUAAAUGUGAUGUUUGCCAGUCCGGGUAGCGGCAUUGUGUGUAAAUACUCCUAUUGUGAAUUUAGUAAAUAAACUUAUAGUUCCAUAAAUUGUUAAAAGUAUUCAAAAUUAUGUGCAGUGGCAUGAGGCGGCUUGCUUAGGUCCAUUUAAUAUUCUAUUAAGCGA